AUUCCCGCUUCAGCUGAUGUAAUCAAUGCCACACGUGAUCAAAGUCGCGUCGCGUAGAUGACCUCGCUUCUAAACUUCUUCCACUCUUCACAACCUUGUAACUGUAACAAACGAUGUAUAAUCUAGAUUCUUCUCCAAGUCCACCGAGGAAGAAGAUGAGAAUGUCUUCUCCGACCUAUGAUGAACAAGUCGAUGACAUGAGUCAAGAUGAUAUAAGCGCUUUUGAUGCCAUAGAGGCACUCCUUUCUCAACCAGCUCCUCCACUUCACAAAGCACCCCUACCCAACAACUCGCACCGCACGCUCAUCUCGGGCGAACCUGCAGAUCGUAGCAUUUCGUCCGAUCAGGACCUACUCUCCUCCCAAGACAUAGCUUCUCAAGGCGACGAUAAUCCUUUUGCUUCGGCAAAUGACCCGUUUGCUGAUUCGGAUGCCCCGAAACCAGCCGUAUAUGCAUCUUUUGCCAAAGCAUCUGCCGUUCUCCAACCAGUAGCCUUCAAGUCUGCAUCAGCUCUGCCUAUCGAGAAUCUGGAUGACUCACACCGUUCACCUUCACCCGAGGCACCCUCAGAAGUCGAUUACUCUUCGUGGUUUACUUCAGCUCCUCCCGCCGCAUUUGUGGGCUUUCAAUCUGCUGCGUCUCGCCUCGAGAAAACCAAAGAGAAUGUUUACGAGACGACUGCUAGUCACAGUACAAGUGUGGGUUUUACGUCCGUCGGGAAAGGGAAGCUCAUCGUCCCGUCAACGGCUGCAUUGCGCAAGGCCGAGGAAAAGAUCAAGAUGUGGCAGGGUGAGGCUGAUGAAUCGAGUUCCUCCCAACAUUCUGGAGCGUUUGCACCUGCUUCCUCUGCACAACCAUCCUCUCCUCGGCGCACCGUUCUCGGAGCAGUGCACAAUUCUUUUUCGCCUCAAGUACCAGAUACGCCGACUCCUGCGAUGACUACCCGCAAGUCACUCGAAGCUCGCGCACGAUCGACGCCUGUCCUACCAGCGCUUGGUGUCAGCGACUUCAAGGGAAAGCAGAAACCAUUCAAAUCUCCUUUGAUCACCUCCGCACCGUCACGACAGCCUCUCACGGGGACAGCCAGUUCGGCAUAUGUCAACUCUCCCCUUAAUCCUCAUCGUCAGGGCUUUGCGUCUGCAUCUUCUCAUAUGCCUCCAUCUACUUCUACUGUACCAGCAACGCCUGUCCGUCCAUCAGCAUUGGGGGAUCCCGGGAGCGCAUUUCGACCCCUAGGUCUGACGCCGCGAAAUUUACGUGGUGGUCUGGUCAAGUCCAAGUUCGUGACGCCGUUCAAACCAGGCGUAAAGCCUCCGGAAUUGGGCAACGCAGCAUCAGCUGCCUCAUUGCUUGCUUCCCCAAGUACCAGCUUACAGCGGCCUAUGUAUCCGCCAUCAGCAACCCAAUCUCCUCGGCCUGUCAAGAAAGCUCCUGAAAAAGGCACAGGCAAAGUAUUCAACCUUGUCCCUCCCGCAGGAAGGACGACACUUGCCACUUCUGGUCUUAUACCUCAGGCCCACACAACUGCAGAACUGGAGAAUCAGGGAAUAACUGUCACAGAGCUAUCCCAGAUAACACCUGCUACCGCUCUCUUUUACUCAUUUUAUACACCAUCUGUUACGCCGAUCGCAGGUGCCCAACCCUCUGAUGCGAAGCCUCUCGGACCUACUGCCGCUCUAGAAGAACUCCACGUAAGAGGGUGUUCGUUGGCCACACAGGAAUGGGUCAACAACCAUUGGUCACUUAUCCUCUGGAAGCUUGCUGGAAUGGUCGCACUCGAACCAGAUGCAGAGUCGGAUCCCGAUCGCAAACGGUGGUGCUGGCCUGAAGUGAUCCGCCAGCUACUCUACAGAUAUGAACGAGACUUGAACGGAUCAUCACGACCACCACUACGACUGAUAACCACAAGAGAUGCGCCUGCUGCAUCUCCGAUGGUGCUCUGCGUGUCAAACGUGACUUGGUCGCCAGCUGGAGAAAGUGACGAUGGUUUUCCCAUUGCUUCACAUCCCGAGUUAGAGGUAACAGACGGAUGGUAUAGACUGCGCGCGAGGGUCGACAAGCCGCUUGCGAGAGCCAUCCGUAAGGGCCAUAUUAAGAUCGGGAGAAAAAUUGCUGUUGCUGGAGCCAGGCUCUCUACAGAACGCAAAGAUGGACAGGAGGUCCUCGAGGCAUAUGAAUCGAAUGUCCUGGUGCUGACAGGUAACUCGUCCCAUAUGGCCCCUUGGCACGCAAAGCUUGGCUUCCAGCGAAGUCCAUUCAUUGCGACGUUCAACAGCCUCACGGCGGACGGCGGAAACGUGGCCGUUGCAGCGGUCGAAGUUAUCAAGUCUCAUCCUGUCGCAUAUAUUGAAUUCUUCGAAGACGAGAACGGGAGGCGGAUGGAGGGUCCCCACAGUGCCAAGGAUGAAAAUGUCCUGAGUGAAAAAUGGACGAGGAAGCGCACAGUCGCUGCAUCAAAGAUUUGGUUAGAAGUUGAAAGACGAGCGGCGUUAAUGUCAGAGUAUGCAGAUAGGCUUGAACGUCGUGUGGGCCCGGCCUUCAAAGUCCAAAACGAAGAGAUACCGGACAACCUUGACGAUUUAUAUGAAUCAUUGGAAGAGUGUGAUGGUUACCAAGCCCAGGCGAUACUCGCACGGCUCAGCCGCGUUGAAGGAGGCAGUCUUGCUGCACACAUCAGAGAGAAGCUUCUCCGAGAUAACGAAGCUGUCGCGGGCGAUAUCGAGCGAGAAGUGCAGAGCAAAUGUCCCUCUCGGGAAGUAAGGAAUUUCCGUGUUAUUAUCGUGAAGGAUGCAUAUACUCCCACACGAAGCGGCGACGAUGGUCGCAAAGCCCAGUUAACCGUCUGGGAUGUGCUCAACUUGUCGAUUGCUGAAGGAUCUCAAGCAGGGGAUUUCAAAGUAGGCCAGAAGUUCCUCGUGACAAAUUUGAUGCCCAAGCAAGUAUCUGCCUGGAUGGACCGCGGCCCUGGAUCGGAAGUGUAUCUUGCCACCACAAAGAAUUCUAGGUGGACAAGGUUGCCUUGAACGGAUGACUGCUGAGGGUAAUGCGAGAGUGAGGCCCCUUUAGUAGACGACCUCCAUUUCGUCGACAGGAACUAAGUUACAGUCCAACAGUCCAAUCUGUUGAAUAGGGCUUGCUGACACUGCGCAAACUUACGACACUCUGUAAAUCGGUUAUGGUGUAAA